GUACAAAGUUGAGUGAAAUGGGGAGAAUGUAUGCAUGUAUUUGAAAAUCUUGGCAAGCUUUUAAGUCUGGAUUUAAGCUUUAACUCCCUGCAGGCUCUCCCAGAUGGUAUAUUUAAAGGCCUCAUCUCUCUGGAAGAGAUGGAUCUUCACUUCAACUCACUCACAUACCUCAAAGCAGACAUUUUCCCAGAGAGUCUCAAAACAGUUGACCUCUCUUACAAUUUCCUGGCCUCUCCUGACCCAGCGACUUUCCAUUCUCUCAGCUGGAUUAACCUGUAUAGGAAUCAAUUCCACUGUGACUGCGGUCUGGAGGACUUUCUGACGUGGCUGAAAGGGACUAACGUGACUUUUCCAGACCCUGGCGUGAAUGAAUUCAGCUGUGAGUAUCCUUCAGAUCUCCAUGGCAUCAGCCUGUGGAAUUACAGCUCAGUCAUAUCGUGUGAGGAGGAUGACGAGAGGCUGGUUCAGGAGCUGAGGCUCUCGCUCUUCAUCGGCUGCACAGCGCUCAUCAUCCUGAUCAUGGUCGGAACAAUCGUUUUCGCUCGUCUCCGUGGAUUCCUCUUCAAAGUUUACAAAAAGGUGACCGCCAGGAUCCUUGAGGGCCCUAGGAGGGAUCUUUCUGCUGGUGGGCCUCGGUACGACGCUUACUUAUGCCUCAGCAACAACGACUACAAGUGGGUAGAAACCGCCCUGUUGAACAGACUAGACUCUCAGUUCGCAGAGCGAAACGUCCUCCGCUGCUGCUUCGAGGUCAGAGACUUCAUCCCAGGUGAAGAUCACCUGUUCAAUAUCAGGGACGCCAUAUGGGGGAGCAGGAAGACAGUUUGUAUCGUGUCUAAAGAGUUCCUCAAGGACGGCUGGUGCCUAGAGGCCUUUACCCUCGCUCAGAGCAGGAUGCUGGAGGAGCUCAGAGAUGUUCUCAUCAUGGUGGUUGUGGGGAAUGUCCUCCAUUACAGACUGAUGAAACAUGAAGGCAUUAGGACCUUUGCCCGGAAGAGGGAUUACCUGCAGUGGCCGGAGGACACACAGGAUAUUCAAUGGUUCUAUGAGAAGCUCAUGUCCAAGAUUCUUAAGGACAAAAAGAACACCGCCAAAGCUAACAAUGGGGAUAUCACACUUGUAAAUAUGACAGUUGGAACUUAAUGUUGUUGACUCAUUUUUCCACAGCCUGUAUGCUUAAGUGGAAAUCUUAUUUAACUGUACUGUGAAUUCGUACAUCAUUCAUUUUUAUUUUGUCUGUAUGGCAUUAAGAACUUUUACCAUGUUGAUUACAGGCAAAAUGGAGAGGGUCCUCUGUCUUUUGGCAUAGCUUGUUUUUGACCACUAGGUGGCAGUCAACCUUUAUUCACUAAUAUUGGAACUGUGAAACGUUACCUUCUGUAUAAAUCAAAUUUAAUUGGUCUCACACAUAUUUAUCAGAUGUUAUUGUGGGUGCAGCGAAAUGCUUGUAUUUUUUUGAGUUUUUUUUAUGACAGAAAUAACACCAAAAGAAAUACUGCGAAGUUGCUUUGGCGCCAGAAGCAGAGCUGCCAUGUCUGUCGGCGCCAUCUAUGAUUAUUGUGUGUUUUGCAGUGUGUACAAUGCAAAGUUCUCGUGGUUUACAUUUACACGUUGUAAUAUAACUAAUGUAAGGAUUUUGGUACUUUUAAUAAAACAUUCCAACUUCUCUACUAAA